AUGGCCUUGUUUGUCUUUGAGAAGCUUGAGUCGUAUUUUGGGGUCCCUGGUGCAGCAGGCGCUGCAGCAGGCAAUGCAGCAGCAGCUGGCAGCAGCAGCAGCGGCAGCGGCAGCAAAGCGUCCAGCCGCUGCAGCAGUAACUACGGCGACAGCGAACACAACACAGCAGCAGCAGCACCAACAACAGCAGCAGCAGCAGAGGGGCAGACACAGGAAGUGUCUCCGUCUGCUUUGGAUGUUUGUCUCCUCAUGGGGGUUUUGUACAGGGCCCGCUGCGCCCUGCUGCAGCAGCAGCAGCAGCAGCAGCAGCCACAGUUGCUGCUGGAGCCGUUGCCGCUGGAGCAACUGCAGCAGCAGCACGACUUCCAUGCAAUUGCGAACGCACCUUGUGCCAGCAGCAGUAGCAGCAGCAGCAGCGAAGCGAACACUCCACGUGUGUCUCAGCAGCAACAACGGCAGCAGCAGCAGCAGCAGCAACUGCUGCUGGAUUUGGACGAUGGUUUCUUCCCUUCCUAUCAAUCUGUAGUUUGUCAAGUGCUUUGUAAGACGCAGCGCGACGCUCUCAGCAGCAGCAGCAGCAGCAGCAGCAGCGGCAAGCCUGCUUUGGUUGCUGCAGGAGAGCGGCCAGUGGUUGGCGCGGGGCCCUCAGGAGCAUGCUCAGCAGCAGCAGCAACAGCAGCAGGUGACACAGCAGCAGCAGCUGGCGCCGCUGCAGCAGCAGCAGCAAAGGAAGAGGUGGGGGCCCCUGCGGGGCCCCCGCUGCUGCUGUCGCUGCUGCAGCCGCGGGCCAGCACUUUGCUGCAGUCCUUGCAUGCGUUUGCUGCUGCUCUUUUGGGGUCUUUGAGGCGAGCUGAGGCGCUGCUGCAGCUCAGCGGGCAGCAGCAGCUGCUGCUGCGGAAGGAGCAGCAGCAAUUCAUGGCAGAAGCUGCCAGGCGCUUCAAGCCCUGGGCGCUCAAGUUCGGCGGAAACACUUACUGCUGCUGCCCGUCCCCGCUUUCCCCCGUCGAGCUGCUGGUGGAGGAACACCGCGCGCUGCCUGUGGGGUGGGAGUUUGAGGUGUCUCCUCACCCCCUUGCUGUUGCAGUGCAGCAGCACAGCUUCAUUUUGCUGCGGCUGCUGCUGGCGGACAGGCCUGCAGCAGCAGCAGCAGCAGCAGCAGCGGAGGGCACGGAAGAUGCUGCUCAGUACGUUGCUGCUGCCAUACAAGAACUUGCAGCAGCAAACCCCAACGGGGUCUUCACUGCCGGUGACGACCUGGGUGAGGGGAGCAACUUGUACCACUUUGCUGCCUUCAGCGGCAGCGAGCCGCUGCUGCUGCUGCUGCGGCACGAGCUGGGGGGCGAAGUGUGGGGCCCCUUAAUGCUGUCCAAAAAUGCAUGCGGCUGCACGCCAGCAGAAGUGGCGCUGCGGACCCACAGGCGCGAACGCAGCUUCACUGCUGCAGUCCUUGCUGCAGACGCUGCGGCCAAACGGCUGCUGCAGUACUGCGCGUACACCUCGCGGCGCUCCGUGAACUUGGUGCUGCUGCUGAAGCUGCUGCUGCUGGCAGCAGCUGCUGCAGCAGCUCCGCUUUUGCUGCUCCGGCUUGCUGCUUGUCCCCUGCUGCUGGCCGCUCAGGACGUGCCCCCGUGGCUGCUGCGCGCCGUUGCCUUUGCUGCAGCAGCAGCAGCAGAGGUAGCAGCAAAGCAGAGCGGAGACAGCGAGGGCUGGUUUGCUGUGAAGGUCAGCUCCGUCUGCGGCUGCUGUUUGUUCUUUCCUUCUUUUCUCAAGGCGCUGCUGCUGCCGCCUUUCUCCUUCUGCGGCGCUGCCCGCGACUUGCUGCGGCUCUUCUUGCUGGGGCUCUUCAUUUCCUGGGUCUCCAGCUGCAGCAAACUGCUGGCAGCAGCAGCAGCAGCGCCUGAGGUCUUGCGGCUGCUGGCGCGCCACUGCUGCUGCUGUCUCUCUUUUUGUCUCUCUCAUUUUUUCUUUCACUUCAAGAACUGGCUGGCAGCAGCUUCGCAGCAGCUGCAGCAGCUACUGCAGCAGCAGCUGCAGCAGCUGCUGCAGCGCUCCUUUCCAGAGGCCUCUCGGUCGUCUCUUGAGGAAAAGAGAACAGCAAAGACUCGUGCCGCGUCUGCUGCUGCUGCUGCUGCUGCUGCUGCUGCGGGUCAGCAGCAGCAGCAGCAGCAGCAACAGCAGCGGCAGCAGCGGCAGCAGCAGGAAAGAGAAGGAAGAGCAAAGCCUCUUCUUCGCCCUUUCCAGUUCGGUGAGGCUCCGCUGGCUCCAUUCUGA